AUGGAGGGGACACGAGAAGAUGCACGAUCGGUGGAGCAAAGGCAAUCCAAUGUGUCACACUGGCCUUCAGAUUUCGUUGGAAAAUUUGGAUCUGUUUCUUUGGGAACUCAAGAUGAGACCUUAAAUAAUAGAGAAUCACCUAGAUAUUCUAACCAAGAUUUUACGUCACCUCAGAGGGCAUCACAAAUUCUCUGGCACACUGGAAUGCUAUCAGAACCAAUACCAAAUGGUUUUUACUCAGUUGUUCCGGAGAAAAGGCUCAAGAAACUUUUUGAUAGUAUUCCUACUCUGGAUGAUCUUCAAGCUUUGGGUGGAGAGGGUUUUAAGGCUGAUGUCAUUGUUGUGGAUGCAAAGAAAGAUAGAAAGUUAUCUAUGCUGAAGCAACUAAUUGUCACAUUGGUCAAAGGAUUGAGCACAAAUCCAGCUGCAAUUAUUAAGAAGAUAGCUGGAUUAGUUUCCGAUUUCUACAAGCGGGCAAAUGUUGAUAGUCCAGCAAAAGCUGCACUCGAAGAAUCCUCUCACAUGUUUGAAAGUCGUGGCGUCCAGAUGCUGGGGCAAAUAAAGCAUGGUUCAUGCCGUCCUCGAGCUAUCUUAUUUAAAGUAUUAGCAGAUACUGUAGGUCUUGAAAGUAGGCUUAUGAUGGGUUUUCCAAAUGAGGGGGCUGCUGAUUGUGUAGACUCUUACAAGCAUAUGUCUGUGAUAGUUGUGUUAAAUUCUGUGGAACUGCUGGUUGAUCUUAUGCGCUUUCCUGGCCAACUGUUACCGCGAUCAAUCAAAUCAAUUCUUAUGACACACAUUUCUGCAGCGGGAGAGAGUGAUUCAGCAGAAAAUGAUUCGUGUGAUUCACCAUUAGAACCAAACAGUCCUUUAUAUGGGGUUUCAGAGAGUGCUGAAAAAGAUGACAAUCUCCAAUUUCAUAGAAGAUUUGAUACUUUAAAUGUACCUGGUCCUACCUUGCGAAGCAUGAUGUUACGAUCAAAUUCCAAUCUUGAAGGGAAAUUAAGUCUGUCUCAUAGUGAACCCAACAUUGCAACUUCAUUUGGUCGGCGCAGUCGAAGAAAGGUCAUUGCUGAACAGAGGACUGCUAGUUCAAGUCCCGAACAUCCAUUAUUUCAAGCUCGUGGGCAGUCUAAGCUUGGCCGUGACAAGACUGCAUUUAGAGAUUUUGCUGAUGACCAGGCUACAUCAAGAUCCAGCUAUAAGUCAGAUGGUGCAUCCUCAUCAGAAGCUCGUAGGAUACGACGAAGAAGCAUCAGUAUUACACCAGAGAUUGGUGAUGAUAUUGCAAGGGCUGUGCGAGCAAUGAAUGAAAAACUAAAGCAAAACCGUCAUCUAAGGGAACAAGGGGAUGAUAGUUCCUUGCCGCAUUCUCCCAAUGAUAGAGUUAGCAGCGCAGAGCUUCAGAAAAAUCUGUCAAAUUUUUGUCUUGCUGGUCAUCAUGAAACGUCCCCCUUAUAUCAACUGCGUCGUGACAAUGUAACUUCUCAGAAGGCAAUGUCAUUACCCUCUUCACCACAUGAUUAUCGAGAUCAAACUUCCGAGACAAGCAGGCCACCGGGAUAUGAAUUGAAUGAUGAACUGGAGUCAACUUGGAAUAAAAUCCUUGAAUCAUCAAUGUCGAACAAUAAACCUCUGUUACCAUAUGAAGAGUGGAACAUUGAUUUCUCAGAAUUGACUGUUGGAACUCGUGUUGGGAUCGGGUUCUUUGGAGAAGUUUUCCGUGGCAUAUGGAAUGGCACAGAUGUUGCAAUCAAAGUUUUCCUUGAGCAAGAUUUAACUGCUGAAAACAUGGAAGAUUUCUGCAAUGAGAUAUCCAUUCUCAGCCGACUCAGACAUCCUAAUGUCAUCUUAUUUCUUGGUGCAUGCACAAAGCCUCCACGGUUGUCAAUGGUGACCGAAUAUAUGGAAAUGGGAUCUUUGUUCUACUUGAUUCAUGUGAGUGGUCAAAAAAAGAAGCUUAGUUGGCGAAGAAGACUAAAGAUGCUUCGUGACAUAUGCAGGGGCUUGAUGCAUAUUCAUCGAAUGAAGAUUAUACACCGUGAUGUGAAAAGUGCGAAUUGCCUCGUGGAUAAGCAUUGGACAGUGAAAAUCUGUGAUUUUGGACUUUCGAGAAUAAUUACAGAUUCUCCCAUGAAAGAUUCUUCUUCAGCUGGAACACCUGAAUGGAUGGCUCCUGAACUGAUUCGAAACGAACCGUUCACUGAAAAAUGUGAUAUCUUUAGUCUAGGGGUGAUAAUGUGGGAGCUCUGCAACUUGAGUAGGCCUUGGGAAGGCGUCCCUCCUGAGAGGGUGGUUUAUACUGUUGCUAAUGAGGGUUCCAGAUUGGAGAUUCCUGAAGGCCCACUAGGCAGGCUGAUUUCAGAGUGCUGGGCUGAACCGCAUGAGCGACCAAGUUGUGAGGAGAUCCUAUCUCGCUUGGUGGACAUCGAGUACUCAAUGUCCUGA